AUGGAGGGCCUAGGCCGUUCCUGCCUUUGGCUGCGCCAGGAGCUGGCGCCCUCGCGGCCGGGGCUGCUGCUGCUGGACUGCCGCAGCCGCGAGCUGUACGAAGCGGCUCGCAUCGGCGGAGCGCUCAGCGUGGCCCUGCCCGCGCUCCUGCUGCGCCGCCUGCGCAGGGGCAGCCUGUCGGUGCGCGCGCUGCUGCCCGGGCCCCCGCCGCAGCCGCAGCCGCCGGCCCCCGUGCUCCUCUACGACCAGACCGGGGGCCGGCGCCGGCGCGGGGAAGCCGAGGCUGAGGCGGAAGAGUGGGAAGCAGACUCGGUGCUGGGCACCCUGCUCCAGAAGCUGCGAGAGGAAGGCUACCUGGCUUACUACCUACAGGGUGGCUUCAGCAGGUUUCAGGCCGAGUGUCCGCAGCUGUGUGAGAGUGGCCUUGGCGGCCCCAGAGGCUCCAGCACAGCUGCCCUGCGCAGCCCGGCGCCCGUGGUGGGGCUGGGCGCCCUGUGCCUGACCUCUGACUGCUCCGAGACCGAGCCUGAGCGCGACUCCCUGACCUGUGGCCUGGACUCGGAGGGUAGCACGCCCCCGCCGCUGGGCUUGCUCCGCGCCUUUCCUGUGCAGAUCCUGCCCAACCUCUACCUAGGCUGUGCCCGUGAUUCAGCCAACUUGGAAAGCUUGGCCAGGCUGGGCAUCCGCUACAUCCUCAAUGUCACCCCCAACCUCCCCAAUCUGUUCGAGAAGAAUGGGGACUUUCACUACAAGCAGAUCCCCAUUUCCGACCACUGGAGCCAGAACCUGUCACAGUUCUUUCCGGAGGCCAUUGCUUUCAUCGACGAAGCCUUGUCCCAGAACUGUGGUGUGCUCGUCCACUGCCUGGCGGGAGUCAGCCGCUCCGUCACCGUCACCGUGGCAUACCUCAUGCAGAAGCUGCACCUGUCACUCAACGACGCCUACGACCUGGUCAAGAGGAAGAAGUCUAACAUCUCACCCAACUUCAACUUCAUGGGGCAGCUGCUAGACUUCGAGCGCAGCCUGCGGCUGCAGGAGAGACGCCCCCAGGGGGUGGGCAGCGGGGGGCAUGAGUCCACCACCUCUGACCCACCCUCCUUCUUCACCACCCCCACCAGUGAUGGGGUCUUUGAGCUGGACCCUACAUAA